UUGUUCCUUUAGUUUUACACUUUUCAAUUCAUUUAUUCAAGAAGAAGAAACAAAGAACAGACUUUAUAUGAUUAAAGGACUCUAGUGCAGCUAAAUUUUCUCAUCCUUCACAUUCAUAUAGAAACCUUUUCAUCAUGGCUACAUGAUCCCAUAUAUAUAUGCCUCUGCCAUUAAUGUCAGAUUGGAAUGGCUUUCCUUGAUUCAUUGUUGGGGAAUAAAGCCAAGAGAUUUGUGAAAAGGAAAGACAGUGAUGCAGGAGAAGCAGGUAAAGCACUUGAAGAACUCAGAGGUUCUCUCUACAAUGAGCUUAGAACUUCAGAAGGCGCCAAGCGCCAACAGCAACGAUUUUGUGGCCCAGUGGUGGCGAUGACCUUCAAUUUCAUGGUGUCUGUGGGGAUCAUUCUGGCAAAUAAACUUGUAAUGGGGAGAGUUGGAUUUAAGUUUCCAAUCUUUCUCACAUUGAUUCAUUAUGUGACAGCAUGGUUGCUUCUAGCCAUUUUUAAGACGCUCUCAAUUCUUCCAGUUUCUCCUCCGGCUAGAACUACUCCUUUCACUUCUCUCUUCUCUUUAGGUGCUGUCAUGGCUUUUGCUUCUGGUCUUGCCAAUACAAGCCUAAAACACAACAGUGUUGGUUUCUACCAGAUGGCUAAAAUUGCUGUCACUCCUACCAUUGUUCUCGCGGAGUUCAUUCUCUUCAGAAAAACCAUUUCUUGUAACAAGGUUUUAGCUCUAGCUGUGGUCUCAGCAGGUGUGGCAGUAGCAACAGUAACAGAUCUCGAGUUCAAUUUGUUUGGCGCUAUGAUUGCAAUCGCGUGGAUAGUCCCAAGUGCUGUAAACAAAAUCCUAUGGUCUAAUCUGCAACAGCAAGGCAAUUGGACCGCCCUUGCGCUGAUGUGGAAGACUACCCCAGUCACUAUAUUCUUCUUAUUAGCUCUGAUGCCAUGGUUGGAUCCACCAGGAGUUCUACUAUUCCAGUGGGAUAUCAGUAACUCAAGCGCCAUUCUUAUAUCAGCAAUCCUUGGUUUUCUCCUCCAAUGGUCCGGAGCAUUGGCACUUGGGGCAACCUCAGCAACUAGCCAUGUUGUUCUUGGACAGUUCAAAACUUGUGUGAUAUUACUAGGGGGCUAUUUCCUUUUCAAAUCAGAUCCAGGGUUCGUGAGCCUCUGUGGGGCUGUUACAGCCCUCUGUGGGAUGUCUGUUUACACAUCACUAAACCUGAAAAAGCCACAAGACAAUGUGACCAAGCAAACCUUACCGACAUUAAAACCCAAAACCAUUGACCAAGAAAAUGUAGUAGAGUCAGAAGCCAAGGAUACCCCAACUGUUGUUUGAACCAAGCAACAUAAUUUGUAGGCUUACAAAUUUUGUGUACACCUAGUUGCUAAAACACGUCUUCUAUACAUUACUUUACUUGGUUGCUAAAGCACACUGGCAUUUCAUCUCAGUUGCAAAGGGUUACAUACAGCAUGCGACUUUCUUCGGUAAAGGCCUGAUGGCCGAAUGGUGAAUAUCAAAAGUUCUAAUGUCCUCUGGAGCAUGCAGUGUGUGCUCUACACAGUGAACUAAUCCAGUGGCAGCCAAGUUUCAAUACAUGUAAUAUGAAUGCAAUGCAGCACAUAGGGAUAAUUCUGUUAGAUGGCAGAUCGGUGCAACCAGACCUUUUUAUAACAUUACUCAUGAGUUGGUUUAUACCUAUUUCAUCAUGAAUACAUACAUAAAGCUUGAAAAUGAAACAGAUCAGCUAAGGAAAUGAAAACGACACAAAAUGUCAAUUCUCAUAUUAUACCAAUUACAACCGUAUGAUCCAUCAUGUUUGCUAUGAUAAUAUCAUAAUAUACAGGUGAGAUAUCAGAAAGGAAAAAUUGGUAAAAUCCCACCUACUCUAUGAUCCUCUCUUAGUUUCCUAUGACAUCUUAAGAAAUCACUAGUUUCAAAA